AUGUUGAUACUAUUGAGCUUGAUCCAUCGCGUAACUCAUCCUUCCAAAUGGCUUAACAUUCCAACCAAGAUUAACAAAGGUAUUAUUGAAAUCAUUACCCCAGUUGAAUCAGGUCUCUCUGAGGCUAUCCUCAAGGCUAAAUUUGGGAUAAGGUUCUUCUCAUACGGGCUUGUGGUUCUCUAUGUCUAUGAUAAUGGAUCCAUUUUCAGCCCAAAGGUGCUCAACCUCACUGAAGAAGGCCAUGUUGACAAGUUUGUAACUGGUAUUUCUAUGGUGGCUUUGCUAUCAUCGGCUCUCUUUUACUUAACUCCUACAGUUAUGCGUUGGGCUGAGAAUGUUAUUAUUCCUGCUACCGAAAAAGAGGAAAAAGUUAGUCCUACUAAUGGAUCUAACAAUGAUGACUUAGACUUUAGUUUGUUUGACUAA